AUGAGCGCGUUGUUCCCGCCGCACGCGCCGCCGCCGUCCGCCGCCGAGGCGCUGUCCUCGCUGCUGUGGCAGCCCUACGAGUGCCGCUCGCCGCCAGCACUCGCGCGCUCGCGCACGGAUGGCGCGCUGGCGCCGCGCGGGGGCGGGGGGCAGCCGGCCGCGUGCGCCCCCCAGUCGCCGAACGGCGGUCGUCAUGCGCGCGCGUCAUACCGCGCGAUCACUCCCCGCCACGAGAUGCGGCUGCCCGUGCCGGCGCCCGCCCAGCUUCGCAAGUCGGACUCGGUCUCGGUGCGCGUGCCGGGCGAGCCGAGCCGACCGAACGUGUCCAGUGUGAACAUAGUGCAGGUGCAAGAUGCGCCCAUCGGGCGUAACGUGAACAGUGCCGUGCAGACGGAGCGCGAGCGGAGUGUAGCGAGCGCAGAGUGCCAGACUGAGGAGCCACGGCGGCGGCGCGCGCGCCGGCCGCGGCGGCCCGAGCCGGCCGAGUGCGUGCCGCCGCCGCCGUACAGCACGCUGCCGCCGCCAGUACCGCACGCGCCGCCCGUGCUGGCGCCGCUGCCGCCGCUGCACCCGCACCCGCACCAGCCGCCGCACCCGCCGCCGCCCAUCAUCGCGCCGCAGCUGCCCGCGCCCAGGUUCCCCUUCCAGCCGAUUCCGCUCAGAUCAGGCAGAGGCGCAGCGUAUGCGUGUUCAGAGGGCGAAGGCAACGCCCCAAAGUCCUGUUGUGGGAGGCCCCCACUCCGACUGUGUGUGCUUUUUCUGGGCGUCGUCGGCGCAUGUUUGGUGGCCGCCGGCGCAGUACUGGGGGCCCUGAGGCCACAUCCGAGGGCCCCACUCACACUACUCCUACUUAUGAUAGGUAUAGGCGUGGUGUUGGUGACAGCGGCAGGUCUGGCCUGGCGGCUGGGAGCCCGCGACGCGCCCUGCGCCCUGCUAGGCCUCCGUCGAGCAUCGUGCCGCCGCCUUGUGCCGCGGCUCCCACCGAGUUAUGCCAGGCCACAUCAUCCGUACGCCGCCAUGCUGUACCCAGAGUUCCACUAUCGGCCGCCGCCGCCGACCUACCAAGCUUCCAUGCAAGAGUAUAGGCUCAGGUUACUUCUCCUAGACAGAAGUGUGCCAGCGGUGUCCCCGCCCCCCACGUACAGAUCGAACUCCGCCAGUCUAGUCAGGGGAUCAACCGGUGCUGCGUGGUGCGGCUCCGAGUACAGUGGGCCGCCGUCGUACCGCGCGCCGCGCUCCGACCCGCCCGUCACUGUCACAGACACCCUCCCCUCCCUCACACCCCUCGACCUCAAGUACGCCGACGACGCCAUAGAAGCACACAACAAAACAGAACAAGAAAAAGACCCAGACGAACACCUCGUCACAAUAGUCCACACGGACAACCAACCCGUCAUAGUGACUGUGUCCGGAUCAACCGCACUCAAUGAUUCGCAGAUAGCACAAACACCCUCCGAAAUAGAUAUACUGGCACACUUAUAACGAACCUAGUAUUUGAUGUAACUAGUGUAAUAAGGACGAGCGAUACGAAGAGACUCGAAGGCUUGUGAUAUGAAGCAACGAUUUGAAACGAAAUAUCAGGUGUUGUACAUGUGUACAGUGUUGAAGUGAAGUGAUUUAAUAAAGUGAAAUAUGAACUGUUAAUUAUGUAUAGAAGGUGCAAUGUAUAAAAGGAAAAUGGCGGUGCAAAGAGAAUGACUGAAUUUUAUUUGGAACAGUAAAUACAAUUCUGUGCUCAGCAUUCAAGCUCCGUAAAAAGCAGGGUAUUGGUUAACUAUAAAAGGUUCGUAAACUCCGAACGUAGCUAGAAUUUUAAGCCAAAACCUGCAUUUUAUUUUGGAGAAUAAACUCAUAUCGAGGUUUAGGUUGAUUGUGCGCAGAAAUCGUUUCGGUCAUACUCUUUGUGUAUAUUAUUGUGUUCUAAAACUGUAAUACUUAGUUUCAAGUACCUUAUUUUAUUGUAGAUAAGUUUCUUGUAAAUAUUAAAAAGCACUGACGUUUGAGUUUCGUUUGCUUAGUGUUAUUUAACAAAAUAUGUGCCGUGUAUAUACGAAUGAUACAAAAUAUAUUUAGCAGUAAAAUAUUUGAGUAGAGAAGCAACGAUUAAUUAUUUAAACCAAAUCAUUCACCGUGAUGUACAACGUAUGAACUUGUUAUUAUUAGUACUGAGUGCCAAUGGAUAAUGUUUUGUUAUGUUAUUCGGUACUGUUGAAUUAAUUUACGGAAUGCUGCAUGACGCUGCACGUUUCUAGUUUCUAUCACUUAUUCUUUAAAAUUUAAUCAUUUACUUUGUGAAUUUAUUGACUGUCUGUCUUGAUAUCUGUUAAAAAAUAUUAAUGUGGAUUACCAAAAACAGACUUAUUUGAGACAUUCUUAAAAGUACCUAACCUUGUAGGGGAAACUACAUUAAAUAUGAGUGAACUGGUAGCUCGGCGGUCGCAAGAAACACAGCGAACUAAAGGCACUUAGGAAGAAAUAACAACGAUCUCGAAAGCAACUUGGAUACGAGUAUUAUGUAAAAGCAAGUAACAACUUCUACGGAAUACUUGUACUUAAAAAACAUUUGAAGCGGUGGAAAUAUUCGAGUAUUCCCGAGUGGCAUAAAUUUUAGUGUGGUUUCCCUAAUGAGAGUUAUACAGAGAAAUGCACAUUGUGCUAACAUUUCGCUUCAAAAGCGCCAGAACCAGACUCGCAUGUGUACUAUCAUAGACGACUUCCUUACCCGAGUAUUGUGUAACAUAACUAUUGUAAGAUUGUAACAAUUAUGUAAUUAAUACGCUGUACAUAACGUUAUUUGUAAUAUAAGAAGUAAAUAAAGAUCUUUAGUGAAACCA